AUGUGUUAUCUAUGGUGCAACAACAGAAGUGUCAACAAAAAAAGACUUUUCUACCCUGCUUUGCCAUACCAACAAAAUUUAAGAUGUCUAUAGUCCUCUAUAAGAGAGAAUCUUGCGUCGACAUCAUACCAGAAGACGAUUAUUACACGCAGACAGAGCCAAAAUAUACAGAGGACAGACCAUUCGGUUUUUUCGACUUGCCUUCCCCAGUAUGCAUGGAAGUAAUUUCUCUCCUAAGCCUGCGGGACACAAGGGCAAUGGCUCUCACCUGUCGGGCCGGUUGGGAGAUCACCCGAGACCAGUUAAUGUGGAGGAACAAGUUGUGGAUCCGAGCCAAGGUAGUAAACUUAGGUCUAAUUGGGCCCAAUAUUUCACCCUGCCCAAAUGCAGACAUGUUAGUACGUGACCCCCUGCUGGUGAACAAUAGGUUGCUAUACGAGAUUCUUGAUCCAGACUCAUACAUCAAUGAGAAUCACGAAGACCUGGACAUUGGAAAUUUGCUCUCCAAGAUGGUAACGCCAACACCAACUACAAGCUUUAAUGAGUUGCUUGAAAGCUUCUUUAGUAUGUUUAUCACUUCCCAGCCGCAUUCUCCAUCAGAUCCAUUCUCAAAGGGUGAAGGAGCACCGACAUUUCUCCUCUUCGGGACCCCAGAGACAAGAGUUUCAAAAAAGCUGGCUUUAAGCUUCAUUGCUUCAAAGGACUCGACUUUUGACACUGUAGGAUUAGUGAAGGGGAAACCAGGAGGUGUUGGUGGAGGUGUGACCGUGAAGUACGCACACCAUUUAAUGAACUUGUUGACUGUACGGAGAGCUCGACCUAGGCUGCUUGUGGAGGGACCAAAAGGAACGACUUUCCAUCCUGACGUGGCUGAGGUUGUGACACGUGUUGAUGGCUUGAUCUGCUACAUGGAUGCCUCCUGCAACUGUGAAUCAGGUGAUGGGGCUUCGCACUGUAGUAGCCAGAACGGCUGCAGGGACGGCAUCCACAGCAUUGACGUCUUGGAGUUGGAGGCAAUGAUGCGAACCAUUCCCCCAGACCUGGCCCCACCUGUGCUUGUCCUUCUAGCGCACAUGGAUGACCCAGCCACCCUGGCGCGGGACUUGGAUUCAUGUGAUGUCCCACAGCACCGCCCAACAAAUACGACCAAAGAUGCAGGUUCCUGUCACGACCCCGCCACACAGAAGCGUCACCGUCCUGCCAUGUUAUACCCUGUCCUCAGCAAGCUGGAUCUGCCAUGGGCGGUCUGUGAGGUGGAGGUGAAAUCCCUGUCUGGCGUGCACCGAGGCCUCAACUGGCUCCUCAAACGUACGCUCAAGCUGAAAAAUGGUUGAAAUAGGGGAGCAUCUGUUGUCUUCCUCUCUCUAAAUCUUUAUGUAUUUGAAGUGAUUAUUGUGAUAAUUUUACCAAUUUUAUAAAGAGUGUUCAGUGUUGGUGUGGUCUUGUAUUUUUUAUGAAUGCGUUUAUUUUUUUUGUGAUUUGUAAACUUGUGUACAGGUAUAUUCUUGAAAACUGUGAAUGACAAUGUCUGGUCAUGUGAAGGUGCAGCUAAUAUAUUUCUUUGUUUUCUUGGUCUGUUAUAUAAUUCUGACAAUUGAGUAUUUAUAUGAUAAAGUCAUGAUUUUAAACUUUCCUGACAUCGGCAUUUUAAAAUCCUGCAACUCCUCUAUGACGGAUCUUCCAGGCAAGGAGUUAAACCCUCUCAAAGAAGGUUUAUUGUGAUUCUGCAUUAUUCUAUCCUUUUAUAUAAUGGUAAUACAGUGAGCAUUACAUAUAGUCAGAAAAUUAUAGAAAUGAUGCUUGGUCAAGAGAUUUCAGGCUUUUUUUUUUUGUUGUUGUUUCCUGCUUAAGGAUUUACCUUUAACCCAGUGGCAAUAGAUGAUAUAUUACACCAUGGAGAAAAGUCAUAGGUGAUGGCUGAUUAUCUGCCGGUUUGUUAGAAUUGUGUGAAGCCUGACCCAAAGAAUAUUCGUAUACUUGACAUGCAUACUCAAAGAAAUAAAUGCAUAUUUAUCAGUCUAGAUAUGCAUAUCAACUUGGCAAAUAGAUAGUUAAAUGCAUAUCUAUCAGAUAUAUAGACAGAUAUGCCUUUAUUUCUGCGUCUGUAUUUAUGAAAAUUCAUUGGGUCGGGCCUGGCACAAUUUUAACAAAUGUCAUGAGUUUACGUCCUGAUUAUUGGGAUGAGAUCUCGUGUGUGCCACCACGUACUGGACAAUUGCUCAGGCGUGGAGCUGCACACCAUGAUAAAUGCUCAUUUUUGUCUGACUUUCCUUGAAGGUUUUCUUGUUUUUAGGAAAAGGAGACUAUAUAUUUUUUUUUAUUAUGAUUAUGAAUUCAAGAACAUACAAACUUAACUUCUCAUCUAAACAUUUUGGAAAAAUGACUAACUUAUAAACAUGGAUGAAAUUUUGGAAACAGAAUUUAGGUUGCAGGGUCUGUAUCAUCAUAAUCCCUUGAGCUCUUUAGGAAACCUGCAAGAUAUUAGGUAUGUUGUAACCAAUGCCAUGACUUAGUGCUUUGUGCAUAUCUUCUUGUUCAAAAGGCCAGUUUUUAUGUUUGCAAGCCACAUAAUGUUAAGAAGUGCAUCCUUUCAAACAAGUGAAGCAAUUUGAAGACUACAGACCUAGAUGAGUACCUUUGUACCUUUACAGACAGAAUUAACAUUACCAUUGGCAAAACUAUUGCAAGUAUGUCUUUGUCUAAUAUCAUGCCAUCUUACAUAACUGCAACAUAUCCAUGACAGAUAGAAUGUAUUGUAUUUACUUUUAGGAAUAAUUUGUAUUAUUUAUAUAUAUUAUUUCAAGACAAUUGAUGUUAUGGGUAUCGGAAAUUGUGAGAGGAAAGAUUUUAUAUGUUAUUUUACAUGGAUGACUGUGUGUUAUAUUACAUGCUGGUAAUGUAAAAGCUGCCAGAUCUUUAGUUACUUUGUGUGUUUAUGGAGUGUUUUAGUCAAGACUGUUAAGUGAAAAUGAUAUGUUUGGUUGAAAACAUGGGAGAAAUGUUGUAUUUAGGCUGUCUGCUCCAAGAACCACUGGGAGAUAAAUUACCUGAUAUUCAAAGAAAUAGGUAGGUAACCAAUGGAUGAACUGAAUGGUAGGAAAGUAGGUAUUAUGCUAGGAGUUGUUUUACAGAAACCAGUUUUCUGGGGCUUAUUUGUUUCCUAGGAUUAUGUCCAUAUUUUUAUAUAAUUAUGAAACUUGUGGCAGGAAUUGUUCCAAGGAUUUGAAUACCAAAGGUUAGAAAAAUUAGAUAUUAAAUUAAGUUGAAAUAUUA